AUGUUGGUAGCAACAAUGGCUUCCCACUUGCUUCCAACGACCCGAAUUAAGUUGGCAUCCCCAAGCCCGAAUCCGAAACCGAUUCUAUCUGCUCCGUCUUCUGUCAGAGCCUCUUUAUCCCCCAGUUUUCUUUCUCCUUUCGUGGGUGGCAGCGUCUUGGGGGACUUUUCGGGUCCUAAAAUCCGACCCGCCUCCCUCAAUCCUUAUUCGUCUGAUUCUCGCUGCAAACGCAGUGUCGUUACCAUGGUUAUCCCUUUCUCAAGAGGAAGUGCCUGGGAGCAACCUCCUCCAGAUUUGGCAUCUUAUUUGUAUAAAAAUCGUAUUGUCUACUUGGGCAUGUCUCUGGUGCCAUCUGUCACUGAACUGAUACUUGCAGAAUUUCUGUACCUUCAGUAUGAAGAUGAGGAAAAGCCAAUUUAUCUUUACAUAAAUUCCACUGGUACAACCAAGGGUGGGGAGAAAUUGGGCUAUGAGACAGAGGCUUUUGCAAUUUAUGAUGUUAUGAGAUAUGUCAAGCCACCUAUUUUCACGCUGUGUGUUGGAAAUGCUUGGGGAGAAGCAGCCUUGCUUUUGGCUGCUGGUGCAAAGGGAAACCGUUCUGCCUUGCCAUCAUCAACAAUCAUGAUUAAGCAGCCAAUUGCAAGGUUUCAAGGUCAAGCAUCAGAUGUUGAACUUAUGAGGAAAGAAGUUAAAAAUGUGAAGGCUGAGUUGGUUAAACUCUACUCGAAGCAUAUAGGAAAAUCGCCCGAGCAGAUUGAAGAAGACAUAAGGCGUCCAAAAUAUUUUAGUCCAAGUGAGGCAGUUGAGUAUGGGAUCAUUGACAAGGUUCUGUACAACGAGAGGGGCAAUGAAGAUAGAGGAGUUUUGUCCGACCUGAAAAAAGCACAACUUAUUUAA